AUGGCCAGGGCCCUGCAGAGCAGGAGGGCACAGGAGGGGCCCCUGGAGUGCCGGGACCCCGUGGUGCACAACGCCCUCUACACGGGGAACCUGGCCGAGGUGCAGCGCCACUUCUCCGAACGGUCGGCGGUCAACCUGCUCAUCCACGCCGAGGGUCCGGACCUGCGCUGGACCAGCCAGAAAUGGGGGCUGUGGUCUCUGACCUACGAGCAGGAGCUCACCACGCCGCUGCACAUCACGGCCAGCCGCGGCUACCUGGACUGUUUGCGCCACCUGCUGCUGCGCGGAGCCGAGGUGGAUCUGGCGCCCGGUGGACAGACCGCCCUGCACGCGGCUUGCGCAACGGCCACCGCCGACUGCGUCCGGCUGCUGCUCUCUUUCGGCGCUGACCCCGGGGCUGUCUCCGAAGGCGGAUUUCAGCCGCUCCACCUCUGCCGGAACCCCGCUUCGAGCGAGUGCGCCCGCCUUCUGCUGAGCCACGGGGCGGUGGUGAAUUGCGCGUCCGAGGAGGAAGGGGAUACCCCGCUGCACGUGGCCGCUCGGCUGGGCUUGGCGGAGCACGUGCGCCUCUUCCUAAGCCACGGAGCCGCCCUGGAGGCCAAGAACGCCGAGGGGGAAACACCGCUGAUCUCAGCCUGCGCCCUGGCCCACUCCGCCCAGGCGGCGGACGCUUACUACGAGGUGUGCCGGCUGCUAGUGGAAGCCGGCGCCCGGGUGAACGCCGCCGACCGCGACCGCCAGCGACCGCUGCACCAGGCCUGCAAGAGCGCCAACUCGCGCGUGGUGGCGCUGCUCCUGGCCCACGGCGCCAACGUCAACAUCAUGAGCUACAGCGGCAACACGGCGCUCCACAACGCCCUGCAGGUGGCGCCCUACCGCCUGGAGCACCGGCCGGAGUUGGCGGUGCGCCACCUGCUCAACCACGGCGCGGUGCGCGUCUGGCCAGGCGCGCUACUCAAGGUGCUGCGCCACUGCUGCGCUUCCCCUCGCACGCUGGAGACCCUGCUCAACUGCUACGUGCGAGUGCCCGCCACGGAGGCCUGGCAGCAGGCUGUCCCAGAAGAGCUAGUGCAGCAGCACCCGCGGUUCUUCCGGUCCCUCUUCGCCCUCGGCCAGGGACCCCGCAGCCUGCAACACCUGGCCAGGUGCGCUCUCCGCAGCUGCUUGGAAGGCCGCCUCCCCCAGGCCCUGCCCCACCUGCAGCUGCCCCCCGCCUUGCAUCAGUUCGUGCUGCUUCGCUUCGAGGACGUCCUUUACUAG